AAAUUUUGCGGAUGAAUAUAUUUUGUAAACAAAAAUGUAAAAAGUUUUCAAUUUGAAAAACAUUAUUCAAAUCAUUAUGUAGAUAUAUCAUAUAUAAUAUACAAGAUAUUUUUGAGCAUUUAUAUAGGUAUUAGAGCCUUCUGUUAUAAGGUUUAUUUCGUUGCUAAGUGGCGUACUUAUAUGAAACAGAUGUGCUAAGGCAACACGAAAACAUGGAUUCCUCAGACCUUAACGAGGGUGAAGUUGCUGAAAAUGAGAACGACGACGUCAUUAAAGAGGAAGAUGAAACUGAAAGAGAAGAAGGGGAAGAUCUUACUGAAGAUGCCGAGGCUUUGAAAGCUGAAUUAGCAAAGAUUGUAGUGCAUCCGCCUUCGUAUGAACCGUCACCAAUGGAAGAAUUUGAUCAAGCUGAGUUUUCACCAUCAUACAAAGACAAUUUGCCGAAAGAGAAUCUAGUGCUUCAAUAUGCAGAAAACUUCAGAAGGCAGAUGGUCCAGCUGUACAGGGACAGAAAACCACUGUCUCUGAAUCCAGUGAAUGAAUGUGGAGUUGAGAAAUUUGUUUGUACAACUAUUCGACCAACACUGCUAGAAUUUAAGGAGCUGUACAACUGGGAUGGAGCUGCUGAGUUUGUUGCAGAUUAUUUAAACAUUGAGCCCCUGAAACCUGAAUAUGAACUGCCAAAAAGGUUGAUUUCUCCAGCAACUGUGUUAAGACGUCAGAAAGGAAAUUGCUUUGAGUACAGCACAUUGCUGUGUUCUCUUCUCAUUGGAGCUGGUUAUGAUGCUUAUGUUAUCAGUGGAUAUGCAACUAAGGAGACGUGUCUAGCAGAUGAGUCAAGAGACAUUUGCCCUCUCCUUAAGAAGAAAGAAGAGGUAAAAGAAGAAGCUAAGAAGAGAGAAAUGAAGAAAUACAAUGUAAAGCCCCCUCGUGAUCUGAGGAGUAAGUUUGAAUUGAAACAGGAAGCUAAGAGAGAUGCUGAAAAGCAAGCAGAGAAAGAAAAGCUGAGGAAGGAGGAGGAGGAAAGGAUAGCGGAGAUGGAGAAACCACCACCGGACCCCUACUAUGGUCUCCGUGUCCAUGCCUGGGUGUUAGUUUUGUCUGGUAAGAGGGAGGUACCAGAGAACUUUUUCAUUGAGCCAUUUACUGGACUUUCCCACCCAAUGGAUAGCUGUAACUACCUGGGAAUUGAGUCGGCGUGGAACAACGUCAACUACUGGGUCAACAUGCAAGACUGUUCUGAAGGGGUCAAGGGUUUGAGUUUUGACCUUGGUGACCCUACAGUUUGGGAGUACAUGUUCCCAAACAAUGACAAGCCCUUGUUGAAGGUGCCUGAUGCAGAAGAUGAUCUGAAUGACAUGGAUGAUGAUGAGAGAACAGCUACCAGUGGACGAACUCGGGAAAACACACGCACGUCCAUGGCUAUGGAUGAUGAGGAGCAUGAGGUUGAAAAGUAUCUAGACAUGCCACCAUCUUGGGUUGAUGCACUCAAACUUUCCCUCAGAGAUUUCCAGAUGCGAUGUCCACAUGGUAAGAAGACAAAGGUGUACAAGCGAGCUAAGCUGGAAAAGUUCGCUCACUAUCUGAUGAAGGACGGCCUCAUCUCCCGACUAAGUGUCUAUGAAGACAGAGAGUUGACAGAUCUGAUUAAAGUUCAUGAGUACUAUGCCCACCGAUUGGACAAACUGACACAGAGGCUGACCAAUCACAGAACAGGUCAAGUGUGUGAGAACUUUGAUCCGGGCAGGCCAAGAUGUCUUAAAGAGCAUCAGUUUAAGUCCAGUGCACCAGGACCAGAAAAUGAGAGAGUUAUGCUGUUUUACCAUGUGGCCCGAGUGGAUGGCCUUGUGAAAAGGGAGGAAACUCCGAGUGAGAUGACGGAGGAGUACGACAACAGGGAUGACUUCCUGUACUAUAAAUAUGUCGAGUUCGGAAAACGAGCCAAAAAAUUUGGACCCCAAGAAACAUCAAGUGCCAAUAAAGGAAGACCAAUAAAUAAAAUGAUCCAGAAAUUCCACAGAAACAGGAGCAAGCCUGCUAAUGAGGAUAUUGCUGAGUUAAUAUUCCACAUAGCUGAGGAUAAGAUACAACUGUCUUACCACACGGAGGAUUUGAGGAUUGCAGCUUCAACCCGGGAAUUUCUCAAACCUCCAAACUGGGACGAGAAAGGAGCUGUGCUAACCUUCUCCUCUGAAAUGCAUCAAACCUUCCAGGUUGAUCCCACCCUACCCAUGAACAAACAAGUAGAGCUGUAUGAAACGCUAAUGGAGUUGUUAAAAGCAGAGGAAAAAUGUCGAAAUGAAGUUAGGGACUCACAGAAUGAGGUUAGGAACAUCUUGGAUGAUAGAACAAAAGAGGAGGCCGCCUCGGAGCUUGACAUAUCUGUUUAUGACACAGAAAGAAAUGAAAAGGCAAAGAAACACAGAAGGGAACUGGAAAGACAACAACUUGAAGAGAAGAUGAGGAAACAAGAAAUGGACAUCGACUACCUGGCCCCAUUCUUGGCCAAGAUUGGUAGCCCCGAGAAGUUAAGCAAACAACAGGCCUUCAGUCUGAAGGAGGAGUGUCUGGCAGACCUCAAACAGAGACUUAUCGACAAGGCCAACCUCAUCCAGGCCAGGUUUGAGAAGGAGAGCCAGGAGUUGGAGAAGAAGCAGGCUUGGUACCAACAGAACCAGGUCUCCAUGGGUAAAGAGGACGAGGAAGAAUACCUGACUUACUGUAAGGAGGCCAUCUUCCGGAUCCACAUCCUCGAUCUUCGACUUACAAGACACAAGGAGCAAGCCCCUCACAAGUAUAUGCAGCUAGAACAGAAGCUCAGAAACGACGACAGGCUAUCAGAAUUUUUCUGAGUUCUCUCGUGAUUUGACGAGACUUUUUGUUUCCGUCCUGUCUUGUUGUGAUGACUACAUGUACUAUGAAGCAGUAUCCGUCCAGAAAAGAAGCAUGUCGAUGUACUUUCUAACACAAUUUGUGUUGUUUCAUAUGGAACACGUGAACAUUUUGUUAAAAAUUUAAUUUAUAGAGGCCUAUGAUACAUACGUGAUUUAAGGCUUGAAAUAUAUACAUGUACUUGUAUUGAAUUAUCUAAUAAAUUGUUAUUCUACGA